AUCUCUUGAAACUUGAAAAUUCUAUCGAAUAGGUAAAAUGGUGGUGAAGGUCUAUGGUCCUGCUAUGGCGGUUUGCCCUCAAAGGGUAAUGGUUUGCCUUCUGGAGAAGGGAGUUGAGUUUGAGCUCAUCCAUGUCGACCUUGAUGCCUUCGAGCAAAAACGUCCGGAAUUCCUUGCUCGCCAGCCAUUUGGGCAAGUUCCUGUGAUAGAAGAUGGAGAUUUCAGACUCUUUGAGUCAAGAGCAAUCAUAAGAUACAUUGCAUCAAAGUACGCCAACCGUGGCCCUAAUCUGUUGGGGAACACACACGAGGAACGAGCUUUGGUCGAUCAAUGGAUUGAAGUUGAAGCACACAACUUCAAUGACUUGGUCUUUACUUCAGCAUUGCAACUCCUCAUCCUUCCAAGGUUGGGACAGCAUGGGGACCUGACCUUAGUUGAUUCAUGUAAGAAAAAGCUUGAGGAAGUGUUUGAUGUCUAUGAGAAGCGCUUGUUAGAGACCAACUAUCUCGCCGGAGAGAGCUUCACACUCGCGGAUCUGAGUCACCUUCCCGGCAUUCAACUGAUGAUGGAUAAACUCGGAAUGAGUCAUCUUGUGAGAGGAAGGAAGAAUGUUAUGGCAUGGUGGGAGGAUAUCUCUAACCGGACUUCUUGGAAGAAAGUAAUGAAGCUUAUGGGUUGAUGCAUACUUGA